AGUAAUAGCUGAAAAGAUGGCGCCUGAAUGAAGGACGCUCAAUUAAAGAGUACUCAAGACCUUGUUAAAGUUGUGUUGUUAAUAAUAUUACAUAUUUCUUAAAAAAUGAGUAAUCUUUCACCAUUUGGAGGUGGAAAGAACCCACCUUGGGUUCGUAAUGCAGGACAAGGAAUUCAAAAUAUUCAACAACAAAUGUUAGGUCAAGCAAUGGGUAGCAUAGGUGGACAACCUAUGGUUCAAUAUCAACAACAAACUCAACAAGUUUAUCAACAAAGUUUGGGAUUACAGCAGCCCAAUAUAACAAUGGCUUCAAUGGCAACCCUUGGAUCAAACUUGCCAUCUGGUAUAGCGGGACAAUUAUAUCCACAAGUUGCUACUGUUUCUUAUCCACCACCAAGAGCAUUAAAUACAAAUGCAUUUCAACCAUCUGUUGCUGGUGUACCGCAACAAGUACAGCAAAAUGUACCAUCAUCAUCUACUAAGCAAAGAGUUUUUACCGGCACAGUGACUCAAGUAUAUGAUAAUUUUGGUUUUGUAGAUGAAGAUGUAUUCUUUCAAACAAAUGCAUGUGUUAAAGGAUCCAAUCCAGUUGUGGGUGAUCGUGUUCUUGUAGAAGCAUCUUAUAAUCCUUCCAUGCCAUUUAAAUGGAGUGCUACUAGGAUACAAGUACUUCCCAUGGGAAAUAAUAACAAUAACACUAAUACACAACAAAGUAAUCAAACCAACCGUCAACAGCAGCAGCAGCAACAACCACAACAAAGUAGAACUUCAGGAACAUAUAAUGCUGUGCCUCCACCUACUGAAAAUGCUAGUAAUAGAUUUACAAGUAGUGCAACAAGUGCUAAUACAGCUAGUAAUCGUAAUAAAAUUGGAAGAGUGAGAGAAAGAUCUCCGCGAGAACGGAAAAAUGAAGAAGAAGAAAUUGAAAGAAAAAGGCGUCGUGAAGAAAGAAUUAGAGAACGAGAAAAGAAAGAGGAACGUAGCCCAUCGAGGACCAGGAGAAGUAAAUCUCCAAGACCACGGCGACGUACCAGAGUUGUACCACGUUACAUGGUACAAAUACCUAAAAUAGCUCUUGAUCUACCUGAAGCAGAUGUACUUGAGAUAAGAAGACGUUAUCAAAAUAUGUAUAUUCCUAGCGACUUCUUUUCUACUAAUUUUCGAUGGGUUGAUGCCUUUCCACCGCAUAUGCCAUUUGCUCUUAACAAGCCAUGUUCUUUCCAUGUUAUGCAUAAGGAUAUUGAUCCUUGUACCGAAAAUACAGCAGUGUUAGAGCCUUCGGAUGCUGAUUAUCUUUUCUCUGCGAAGGUUAUGCUAAUAUCUAUGCCUGCCAUGGAAGAAAUAUAUAAACGGUGUUGCGGUGUAUCCGAGGAUAGAGAUCCAGAUCGCGAUUAUGUACACCCUACACGUUUAAUAAAUUUCUUGGUAGGCUUACGAGGUAAAAAUGAAACAAUGGCAAUUGGUGGGCCAUGGAGUCCUUCAUUGGAUGGUCCUAAUCCUGAAAAGGAUCCAUCGGUUUUAAUCAGGACAGCAGUGAGGACUUGUAAAGCGCUUACAGGGAUAGAUCUCUCCAGCUGCACUCAGUGGUACCGCUUCCUGGAACUCUACUACAGACGUGCAGAAACGACCCACAAGUCGGGGCGAGUGGUGCCCUCUCGCGUUGAAACCGUCAUACUAUUUCUCCCAGAUGUUUGGAGCUGUGUACCUACCAAAUUGGAAUGGGAUGGUCUACAACUCAGCUAUAAGAAACAACUGGAACGAAAAUUGCUGCGUGCCACCUCUAGCCCCGACGAUUCGGAUGCUGCCAAUGACACUGAUGAGGCUGCCGUCGCUGAUCAAAAGGAAGAUCCAGUACCCGAGAAAAAGGACCCUACUCAUUAUUCUGAAUUGGAUCCAAAGUCCAUGAAUGUGAACGAAUUGCGGCAGGAGUUAGCUGCUCGUAAUUUAAAUUGCAAAGGCUUAAAAUCGCAACUGCUUGCAAGAUUAACGAAAGCAGUAGCGUUAGAACAAGCUGAAGCAGAAGGACGCCACGAUGAUAUUGAAGAGAAUGAAAAAGAUAUUUCACCUUCGCCAAAAGAAGAGGAGGACAAAAAGUUUAGGGACAAUAAAGAUCAUGACGAGGACAGGAGAAAACUUUGUGAACGCGAACGGGUUGCUCUCGAGAAACGGUAUACUUUACCGGAGUCGUCCCAUAUUAUCGUACAUCCUUCUAGAAUGGCGAAAAGUGGAAAGUUCGAUUGCACCGUUAUGUCUUUGAGCGUACUUCUAGAUUAUAGACCGGAAGAUACAAAGGAACAUUCCUUUGAAGUAUCGUUAUUUGCGGAACUCUUUAAUGAAAUGUUAAUGCGAGAUUUUGGUUUUCGUAUUUAUCGAGCAUUAUGUAGUCUUCCGGAGAAACCUAAGGAAAAAGAUGAAGACAAGAAGAAAGAUAAAAAAGAUGAUAAGAGAGACGAAAAGAAAGAUGAUAAAAGGAAGGAUGACGAUAAAAGAUGUAGGAAAGAUGAAAGGAAGGAUGAUAAAAAGAGAGAGGGUAGUAAAGAUAAGAAAGACGAGAAGGAUGCGAAAAGUAAAACAGAUGAUAGGGAUCGAGAUAAAGAAAAGAAUGAUGAUGACGAUGACGAUGAGGAAGAUGAGUCUGAUGAUGAUGAUUCAAUGAAAGAUGGUAGAAGAGAUAGAGAUAAGGAUGGAAGAAAGAGGAAAACGAAAUUAUAUACGCACGAUCCUUAUCUCUUAUUAUCUUUCGUUUAUUUCGAUCAAACACAUUGUGGAUAUAUAUUUGACAAAGAUAUAGAAGAACUUAUUUAUACCUUAGGAUUGAAUUUAUCAAGAGCUCAAGUUCGUAAAUUAGUACAAAAGGUUGUAACUAGAGAUUCUUUGCAUUAUCGUAAAUUAACAGAUAGAUCAAGGGAAGAUGAUCCAAAAGAAGAAAAAAAAGAUGACAAGGAUAUGGAUAGAAGUGACUCUAUUAAAGAAGACAACGAAGAAGAUAUAUUACGUUCAUUAGCACUUGGAAAUAAGAAAUUGUUACCAGUAUUUGUUGGAAGUGGACCACCGUCAAAAAGAGCGCGGAGGGAAGAUUCUCUUACAGAGCAAUCUGAAGAAUCUGUAUCGGAAGGUUUUGUUAUGUACAAAGGUUCAUUAUUAGACGUAGAAAAGCUUGUUAGUCAAUUAAAAAGAUCAGAAAAAGCUCGGUUGGAUACGGAAGAACGUAUGAUGGAGUUACAGCAUGAACUUUCAAUAGUAAAUGAGAAAUCUGCAAAACAGACAAAUAAUAUUAAAUCUCUUUCCGAAGACUUAAAAAUAUACAAAGAUAAGUUAAGGAAUACGGAUGAAAAGCUCAAGAAAGUAUCGGCUGAAUGUUUGUCGUACCUAACUGCAGUAAAAAAUAUGUAUCAUAUAGCAGCAAAAAUGAUGCAGUCUGACACAAAAAAAGUGGAGAUUGUAGAAAUACAGGAUGAAAAGGUCAGCGAAGUGAAUGGAUCGGAAAUUGAAAAUAAAUUUAAAAGUGACACGAGAUGGGGAGAUAACAAAGUUCAAAUGAAAAAAGAAUUCAUAGAAAUGGAUAAGGAUAAAAAAUGCGAUAAUAAAAUUUCAGCCAAAAAAGAAAUGACAGAAACUGAUAAAGAAAAGAAAUAAAUGAAAAAUAUACUUUUAGGUAUUAUAAAAGAUGAUGACGCACUCAUAUAAAACUUUAAGUAUAUUAAUAACAAAAAAUGACAACGUGCUCAGCAACAGGAGCACAUAAAGUGAAUGGGAAGAGUUUACCCGUAUGAAAGUAAAAUGACUAAAGACUCAGUUUUAUAACUUUUUUCACUCAGUGACAAUAUGUGGUAAACUAUUUCUGUGCAUAUUAUGUUAGAAAUAAGGAAGAUUGCUAGUUCAGUUAGCAUAAAUAAAUCGAUAAUGCAUACUGAAAUAAAUAAAUGUUGAAUAAUGCAGUUAUUAAAACGAAUCAUUACAUUGCAAUUUUCCAUCAUAAAUUUACCGAAUUUUAUGCAAAUAGACAAAAUUUUUAAAAGCAUUUUAAAAUACUGAUGUAAUUUUGAUUUGCCAUAAAGUGCCAGAUAUUAAUAGACAAGUAUGUACUGUAAUUUCAAAAUAAGUUUACGGUUAACAUCGUUAACGUAUGAUCAUUAAAAUACUUUUCAGAUUUCAUUAUGAUUAAGAAUAUGUGGGUAACAUAAAAUCUUACUGAGCUAGAAAAUUUCAAUUUUUCAGAAUUUAAACCUUCAAAUCUCAAAUUUUGAAAAUUCAAAGCUUAGAAAUUUUAAAUUCUUUAAUUUGCAAAAUUAGAAAUCUAUUAGAUAUUGGAAGAAUUCCCCCAUCUGCGGUUGAUUUCUUUCAACUUUACCCGAAUGUAAUAAGAUUAAUUGAGGCACACAUCUCCAGUCAUAUUUCUGGAUAAAUAAUUGUUAACAAAUCUUUCUUUCGCUUUCUUCAUUUUGCCUCACGAUAAACUGUGAUUUAUCAAAAAUAUUAAUCAGACAGCAAACUUUCUUAUUGGAUGGACUAUAUGUAACAUUGCAACAUUAAUCUUGUUGUUUUUAUGUAUAGAUUACACCAUUACACUUAUAAUUCUUAAGUGGCCUUAGAUAAAUUUAAUUUAUCAUAGGUACUUUUUUCUUGAAAGCAACAAUUGAUUACCAUAUUUGAUAGUGGCAGUGUAUUUCUAUUAUGUUAUCAAUGUAUUUAUUACUUUGUACACAGAAGACCGUAUGGCAAAAUAAAACUUUCACACAAUAUACACAACAACGGUUGUAAGAUGUACGGUAGUAAUUAAUGGGAUAUCGUUAGCAUUGUUUUUCUUAAGCUACUUAAAAGAUGAAGAGGAAAAUUUUAUUUGUUCUAUGUUUUAUGUAACUGCUGUAAAUACUUUUACAAGAACGGUACCUAAGAGUAAUUUGAACACCAAAGUAUUUGUAGACAAUUUAGUAUCACAUAAAUAUAUCAAUAUACAUAAGAAACAAUAAUUUAUUAAACAGUUGUAAAAAUAGUAUUAUAUAUAUCAACUCUUUUAUAUACAUAAAUCUAUCAUUUUUGUUGAUACUACUUAUCUCAACAUAAAUUUUACAAAGAUUCACAUGUUAGUAAUGACCUCGAACAUGGUAGAAAGAUGAGUGCUUAUGAUGUCCCUCAUUUUUUGAACAUAUUACUCAUGACAUGAAUACAAUCUGAAUAGUUAAAAAAAAAAAGAAAUUUAAAAAAUAAAGAAUAAAGCGUGUUUUUCAAAUAUUAAUUGUUUUAUGUAUUCCAUGAUUAAACAGCGUAUAAUGCCAAGGACAUUAUUUUGUACAUAUUCUAUCAUAGAAAACCUUUUGUAGUUUACUACUAUAAAAUUGCAUCCAUGUCAUUAAUACGUUAAAGUCAUAUUAAUUGAUAUGAAAUGAUUAACAAUGUGUAAAUGGUAUAGGUUUAUGAUAAUUGUAAAAUUACUUCCUUGGCAAAUGAUGAUAUAAAAAUUGGAAAAUAUAUACAAGAAAAAUAAAUUUUUAACACUCAGCGCUUUUUGUUUACCUUUGAAAUAACGAUUCACUUUCAUUAUAUUAUUAUUUCUUAUAACUAUUUUACAAAUUCAAGUUCCUGUGUUCAAGUGGCAUGUGUUUAAACAAGGGUUUACUAAAUGCUAAUAAAUUAACGUAUAUGUUAGUUAUUAACAUAAUGAUAAUUUUUAAAUAAAAUUAUUCAUUAUACUUCAAGAAAGAGCUUAAAAAUAUAUAUUUAAGAGCAUUAUCAGUACAAUAAAUUUGUAAAGUCAGGUAAAAAUAAUGUACUGAGCAAUUUUAGUAAUCAUUCUACUAUAUUUAAGAGCACAGAAAGAACAUAUUUAUACAUAUAAUUUACAAAUUAAAAUAAGACUUAUUACAGGUUACAACUUAUCGAUGCUUCUAUUUAAUUACAAGAGAAAGCUUUUAUUUAUACAAUUAUUUUGUAAAUUUUAAAUAAGACAGAUAUCUUAUGAUUUUAACAGUAUUACUUUAAGAUGCUUAAUAUACUGUUAUAAAAGAAUAUAGUACAGCUACUUCCACAGAACAGCAGUAUUUUAUUUAUAACAAAAGAUUUAUGUUUGGUACUUUAUUAAAAGUCUAAUUAUGAUUAGUUUAUUGAAUACAAAAGACUUCACGUGUAUAACAAAGUUCUUUUACCAAUUUUAGUUAUUAAUUUUUAUAACAACUACGAGUACAAUGACUUUGUAUUUUGAAGGAUAACAGCAAGACAUGUUAAAUUUCGAAGAAAUUUUAAUUAAUUUGACUUUGCAAGUUAAUUGUAGUAAAAUAAAAUUUACAGUUAUUUAGAGCCUUUUUAUAUCAUUAACUGAUCAGUUUCAUAAACAUCAAACAACACUACAACAAAUCUUGUAUUAUAAAUUAAUACAUACAUUUAAAUGUGCAUACUAAAAAGUAAUGUCUUAUUAGGGAUUUAUUACUAUUUUUUAUAUAGCUGAAUACAAAUAAAAACAUUUUAUGGAAUGUAUUGAAAUAUAAAAUAGAAUGAUCUCAAAUAUUUCUAUCCUUACUGCAAGGAUGUCAUCAGUUUACAAGAUUAAUUUUACUUGCUUUUGUUUUGUUAUAUAUUAAAUUACAGAACAAUAUUGCACAGAAUUUAAAUAGCAUAGAAUAUUUUAACGAAACUGUAGGAAUUUGUAAGUACAAGUUUGUAAUAUUUUACCUAGAUUUAUUGCACUUUUGUAGCAAAAAAGUACAAAUUGUACAGAUUAUGAAAAUAAAAAA